AUGUCAUGGAAGAAGUCAGGACAAUAUGGCAGACAGGAUCAGCAGUGGAAAGACACCCAAUGGGGAUGGCCCAAAGGAUCCAAGCAAGAUCAGCCGAAGAAGUCAAAGGACGAGAACGGCAUGAUCAUCUAUGGUUACGACGGAAAAAAGGUGGACUUAAAGCAGUUUACUGGUGGGCAGUCAUCUUCUGGCUCAUCUCAGUCGCAGGCGGAGCAAACGCUCCGAGAGGAGAAUGCGCGCUUGAAAACGGCUGUGAGACAAGCUCUGGCAUCCAAGCCAGUGGAAGAUUUGAUGGAGCUGGAGAAGAUGAGUCAGCUAAGCCCACGCGAAGAGCUCAGGGAGCGUCAAAAGCUCCUGAAUCAAGAACGCAAGAGCUUGAACAGAGCGGCAAAGAUCAAAGAGGACAUAGUCAUAGAGAAGAAAGAAAGGAAGUUCGCUUCUUGGCGAACUGGCAUGAGGGGAGGCCUCGAAGAAGAGGAACGGCGACAUGCCUCGAUCAUGGCCGAGAUGAGGACAGAGCUCCAGGAGGCGGAGAAGGCCAAAGACGAGAAUAUGGACGAGGAGCCCGAAGAGAGACAGCAGUCGGAGGAUCCAAGGAUCGAUGCUCUGACGGUAGAACUGGAAGAGAUGAAAAGCCAGUUCUCCCAGAUGAUCACCUAUACAGCAAGAAUGGAGAAGCAGAACCAGAAUCUUGCCGAUCAGGUGCAAGCGCUCGUGACGGCUAUGAGCGGACAACCAGCGAAGCGCUCUGGGGGUUUACCAGACGAAGAAGAGCGCCAGCCAAAGCAUGGACGAUCUCGCUCGCCCAAGAAGAGUCCUGCCAGAAGCUUUCUGGCCGAAGACGAUGCUCCAAUGGAAGAAGAAGAGAUCAAGCAGAUUUUACAGAAGGUGUCAGAGAAUGCGCAGAUGAUUAUCCUCAAUAUGAGGAAUGCGGAGCCAGAAAAGUACAAGUCUGCCAAGGCAAUGAAACAAUUGAUUGGAGAUGUCCUCAAAGAAGAGAAGGCGGCGCAAAGGGCUGCUCUUGCGGCCAAGCCGGCUGGCGAAGUGAUCGACAUGGCAAGCAAUGCACUUGUCCCAUUCGGGAAAGCCCUGAAGGGGCGAGACAAGACGAAGGGACCCUAUGGGGACCUUCCACUCAAGGAAGAAGGGGGCAACCCUUUCUUGCAGCUGUCGCCAGUCACAAAUUCCAAGAAGCCUGGCGGGACCAUCUUGGCGCCAGCGGAAGUAACGCAUGGGAUGGAUUAG